CGAACAAUAAACUGCUUUUCGUCGUCUCUUCUCUCUAUCUCUUUCUCUGUAAUUUCUCUCUUUUUCCAAUUCAAAUCUCGAAAAACUUUUCCCCAGCCCCAGAAAAAUCAACAACAUGAGUCGUUUCUGGACUCUGCUCUCAAAUCUUCAUUCUUUAGCAGGGCCUGUGGUGAUGCUGCUGUAUCCCUUAUACGCCUCGGUGAUAGCUAUAGAAACUCCGGGCAAGGAAGACGAUGAACAGUGGCUUGCUUAUUGGAUUUUAUAUUCGUUGCUUACUCUAACUGAGAUGCUGCUGCAAUCAGUCUUGGAGUGGAUACCGAUUUGGUACACCGUGAAGCUGGUGUUCGUGGUGUGGAUGGUUCUGCCUCAGUUCAGGGGAGCAGCUUUCAUAUAUGAAAGGUUUGUGAGAGAGCAAAUCAAGAAGCAUGGGUUUUUGAGACAUGAUGUUAAGACCCUUCACAAGAGUAUUUCUCCCAAGGGGAAAGGCAAGAAGAAAUUCGUCCACUUCAUCGUCCCCAAGAAAGUGGCUCAAGAACCUAUGUAAAUGCCGACUCCUUGUGCAAUUUUUUGGACAUAAAGAGUUUUCUGAACUUUUUCUCAUGUAUUUUAGAGUAGGGGUGAGGUUUAUGAAUGGAAUUAUAAUUAGGAAUUUAAAUAGCAAUCGUUAUUGUAAUAGUG